UAGAGUUCUCAAGAUUUUUCCUUUUCCAUAGAUUUCUCUUCUUUUUCUCUGUUCAAAUCCGUGUCAUGACUCGCUACUUCCAAGCUUUGGCCGGGAAUACUUCCUCGGCGACGGCGACAGCGACGGCGCCGCCCCCAGAGGCGGUGGCUAUGGAGUCGGACUUCGUGGUGAUUCUGGCGGCGCUACUGUGUGCUCUAAUUUGUAUGGUAGGGCUGAUAGCGGUGGCUCGGUGCGCGUGGCUCCGGCGUGGCAGUAACGGUGGCGGUGCAGGAAAUCAGGCGUCAGCGAACAGGGGAUUGAAGAAGAAAAUCCUGCAAUCCCUCCCGAAAUUCGCGUACAGAGCAUCGGGGUCGGGCGGAGAAGAGAAAUUCGCGGCGGAAUGUGCGAUCUGCCUGGCGGAGUUCCUAGACGGGGAGGAGAUCCGACAACUGCCGCAGUGUGGCCAUUGCUUCCACGUCAGCUGCGUAGACACGUGGCUGAGCUCCCACUCGUCCUGCCCCUCUUGCCGCCAGAUUCUGGUAGUCGCCAGAUGCCAGAAGUGCGGCGAGUUCCCGGCCGUCGUCCACGGCGGCGAUCACAACGACGAGGAGGAGCAAAAGAGGAGGGAAGAUAACAACGGUAACAACAGAGGUUUGGGAUUUUUGCCUUGACUUUUAGUCAACGCCAUACCCUUCUAAUUAUUGCUCACUUUCUCUUUUCCCCAAUUCACUC